CAUCUUCUGCCUUGCGCAAGACGAAGUUGCUUCACUAUCACCAAGAACACCACCACCAUGGCAGCUCCAGCAUCUGCCUACAAGGAUAGGCAAUUUCUCGCAGUCAUUGGAGAUGAGGUAGGUCCCUCGAGUCCCUAUAUCUUGUUGCUAGGAGCUAACCAUUCUACGAACAGGACUCAGUAACUGGCUUACUACUAGCUGGCAUUGGUGUAGGUACACCAUAGCUCCAAAGAAUCGACCAUUUUGUCCUGACGAAGAGCAGCAUGUCACCCAACCCCCAGACUCGCAGAAGAACUUCCUCGUAGUCGACAGUAAGACGGAUAACGCAGCUAUCGAGGAGGCCUUUGAGAAAUUUACUACCGAGAGGAAAGACAUUGGCAUCCUGCUCAUUAACCAACAUGUACGGCCCUUUUCCACUUAGCUGGAAGUGAGGCUAAUAAAGAAUUAGAUUGCGGAGAGAAUCCGUCACCGAGUCGAUACAUAUACAGCUGCUUUCCCAGCGCUUCUUGAAAUUCCCAGCAAAGACCAUCCAUAUGACCCUGAGAAAGAUAGCGUCUUGAGAAGAGUAAGAAGAUUAUUUGGAGAGUAGAUACGAAGUUGGCCGUGUGGGAUGUUUGGGUCUUUUCUGGCGGUUCUGGUUAUGAAGAGGUAACCAGCUUCUUCUGAUGUUACGGGACGUAAUAGCAGAAGGUGUAUUAGGCCAGUAUGAGACAUAGAAUCAACAGUGGUAUAGCUUUCCGGGAAAAACAGAUCACUUCCAUGCAGUGAAAUGGGUAGUCUUUAGUUCUGUUGCAACCGAAAUCAAGCAACAACCA